CACAUCAUUUAAUGUGAUACGGACAAAGCCCUCAACAAAUCCCCCUGUACCCCGUCCCGUAUAAUUACCUACUUCGUAUAUUACCUAAGUACUUACGGAAUGUCUACUCAUGGGUUGAGCCGAUUCGUCGGUAUGUUCGAGCCACAUCCGGAAGAUAGAUUACAUUUGCGCUUACACAGAGCGAGAUCCGUUAUUUUAACGGCGCAAGAGCUUGUGGAAAUUCGAGCCGCACAAAGAACCUUCGAGGGAGCAUAUAUAAGGACUGCUUUGGGACAAUUUAGUUUCGCUUUGGUAGUAUUAAAGAUCUUUACGGCCGAAUUCUACAGUAUUGGGGCCUUAUUUGCGACAUACGGAGCCGGCAUUCUAAUGGUCAGCCUGUAUAGGAGGUAUGAGGGCAACAGGCAAUUCUUCAGCGAGAUAGAUGGGGAUGGCAUGGGAAGGAAGAAAUUCAGGACCAGUGGGAAUGCCGUGGUUGUUUUGACGACGCUGAGUCUUGUGGCUUAUGUUUUACUGAUUGGGUUGACCAUAAGGCUCGAGACCUGAAAUCCAUGAUCGAGCUGACUACAUGUGCGGCAUAAUCAAUGGAACAUAUAUUUCACGCGGCACAGGGGCCAUUUUGGGGUCUAGAGACGAGAUGAUCGAUCUUAUGGCUCUGAUCGGUUGAUAGAGGCAAAGCCGAGGGAAGCAAAAGAGCCAUCGAAAUUCGGCAUUGAUUGGAACCAUUUUUCAGAAACAAAAUCCGAUGCGGCAUACCUUUUCAAUCCAAUUCUAUAUGAGGUUCGCGACAGUUACUUUUUCAAAACUUCGAGAAGUUGAUCAUCUACAC